AUGUUUAAUAAGUUCAGCAGAUCUGCAGUUUCAAGAUCAGUUUCUUCAUUAAGAAAAACGAUAUGUGCUAGUCAUCCCCAACGUUAUGUUCGUUGUUUUCACUAUGCCAUAGUUAACCAAAAUGAAACAACCCCAUUUAAUGCCACCGCUCCAACUAUUAAAACCAAAGUUCCAAUAACUAAUGUUGAAGAUGUCAAGGAAAGUUCAACAAUAGAAUCAACAUCUAAUUCAAAAUCACUGACAGGUUCUGAACUGGAAUCCCUGAAAUCUGCCGAAUUUGUACCAGUUGAGUUUUCCGAGUUUAGAGGCAAAGGAAUUAUAGAUGAUGUUAUUCUUGAUGCUUUAGAAGAUGCCGGCUUUCAUAAAUUAACUCCUAUUCAACAAAAAUCCUUACUUCCAAUUUUGAACACUGAAAAAGGUUUGGUUUGUAGAGCAAAGACUGGUACUGGUAAGACAUUAGCUUUCAUUAUCCCAACUUUAGUCAGAGCUAUGAGAAGUAAAGAAAAAGGUGUUAGCAGUCUUGUUAUUGCACCAACUCGUGACUUGGCUUUACAAAUCAAGAAUGAAUAUUUGAAAAUUAUUCGUCAAAUGCCAGAAAGACACAGACCUCGUUUGGGAAUGGUCAUUGGUAAGCAAACAAAUGUUUUUAACGUGAGAUAUCCUGAAAAAAUUGUUAUUGCCACCCCAGGUAGAUUGGAAGCUGAUUUAAGAGCUAAUCGUCGUUUCAGUAGUUGUUUUUCCAACCUUGACUUCCGUGUUUAUGAUGAAGCUGAUAAAUUGUUAGACACGGGGUUUGAAAGAAAUUUGGACAACAUUAAUGACAUGCUUAAAGAUUGUAGAACCACUCCACAACCACUCAAAUCUUUAUUGUUAAGUGCUACAUUGAAUGAACAAAUUGAAGAUUUUGCUAAAGUCCAUAUUCACAGAAAGUAUGAGUUCUUGAAUACCGUUGAAUCAGGCGACGCCGAUGUUCAUGAAAAUGUCCACCAAAUUGUUGUUAGAUGUGAAGAUAGUAUUGAUAAAAUUGAAACAUUCGUGCUGUACAUGGCCAAUCUUAUGAAAACUGAAGAUAGUUUCAGAGUCCUUGUCUUUUUACCAACCAAGACUUCUGUUGAUUGGAUUGCUCAAUACUUUGAUGAUGUUAUGGGAAGUGAUGUUGUUGAUGGCAGUUUCCAAUAUAGUGCUGCAGUUAUUCAUGGUGACAAAACCCUGUCUCAACGUCAAAGAGCUUUGAACAGAUUUAAGAAACAUGACAGAACUAUUUUAUUUGCCACCGAUGUUGUUGCUAGAGGUAUUGAUGUCAAAGGUGUUACUCAUGUUUGUCAAUUGGCUCCUUCAUAUGAUACAGCAGAUUAUGUCCAUAAAGCGGGAAGAACUGGUAGAAAUGGAGCCAAUGGUACUGCUCUUUUAUUUGCCACCAGUAUUGAUAAACCUUUCCUUCGCCAAUUGGAAAAAGAUAUUAAAGGUGGAUUUAAUAAGCAAGUUAUAUCCAAGGAUGUCGAAUUUGAAAGAUUGAAAUUUGUUGGUAAAAUUGAAAGUGAUUAUGAUGCCGUCUGUGAAUUGUUUAUUGCUUCCAUGGCUUAUUUCGGAAGUUUGGCAAGUAAAUACAGAAUGGAUGUUGAAAAGUUGGUUAAAAACAGUGUUAUGUUGUACCGUGGACUUAUCAAAGAUGAUGAAGCCAAGAUAAAUGAACAGUACGUUAAAGUGUUUAGAAGAAAACUUUCUAAGCAAACAUUGAGAAAGUAUUUUGAAGGUGUUCGUUCCUCAAAUCAUGGUCCAAGAGGUCAUGAUAGAGAUGACUAUGAUAGAUACUUGUCAUAUGGCCGUAGAGGUAAUUCCAGAAACUAUGAUAGAGGAUAUGGAAGUGGUCGUAAUGACAGAAGAAGCAAAAGAUCAUUCGAUCAUAAAGAAAGAUCCAGAGAUUCUUACUAA